AGAGGAAUGAAUGAGCUCCAGUGAAGAAGGGAGGAAGGAGAGAUUGUAGGAAUCAAGGUAAAGGUUCAGAGGGUGUGUAAGGGGAGCAGUGUGUCCCUCUGAAGCGCCAGGCUCUUCUCUCCUCUGCUGUACCCCACCAUGGCUCUGUCUCUCUGGCUGCUCUGUACCUGUGUGAUCACCCUCAGCAACAUCACCCCCUCUGCACAAGCACUGAGUCGCUCGGCGAUGCCCUUUGGUCUGAUGCGGCGGGAGCUGGCAUGUGAGGGUUACCCGAUUGAGCUGCGCUGCCCAGGCAGUGAUGUCAUCAUGAUCGAGACGGCCAACUAUGGCCGCACAGAUGAUAAGAUCUGUGACGCAGAUCCAUUUCAGAUGGAGAACGUGCAGUGUUACCUGCCCGACGCCUUCAAGAUCAUGUCUCAGAGGUGUAAUAACCGUACACAGUGCGUGGUCGUUGCUGGGUCAGAUGUGUUUCCUGACCCGUGUCCAGGCACCUACAAGUAUCUGGAGAUUCAGUAUGAGUGUGUGCCCUACAUCUUUGUAUGUCCUGGGACCCUCUUGAGGGUCCAGGCGGCCAGUUCGCUGCAGGAGGCUGAGCACCAGUCGGGGGCGUGGUGUAAAGACCCUCUGCAGUCCGGUGACCGGCUCUACGUCAUGCCCUGGACACCGUACCGGACGGACAUGCUGUAUGAAUACGCCUCGUGGGAGGACUUCAGACAGAACCGGGCCACCACCACCUACAAGUUGCCAAACCGAGUAGACGGCACAGGCUUUGUGGUGUACGAUGGGGCCGUCUUCUAUAACAAGGAGCGCACGCGCAACAUCGUCAAAUACGAUCUGCGCACACGCAUCAAAAGUGGAGAGGCCAUCAUCACCAACGCCAACUACCACGACACCUCUCCAUACCGCUGGGGUGGCAAGUCCGACAUCGACCUGGCCGUGGACGAGAAUGGCCUGUGGGUGAUCUACGCCACUGAGGCCAACAACGGACGCUUAGUGGUCAGCCAGGUGAAUCCAUACACGUUGCGUUUUGAAGGCACGUGGGAGACGACUUUCGACAAGAGGCUGGCGUCCAACGCCUUCAUGGCUUGCGGUGUGCUGUAUGCAGUACGUUCGGUAUAUCAGGAUGACGACAGCGAGGCUGGAGGAGACCUGGUGCUGUACGCCUACAACACCAACCGCAACCAGGAGGAGCCCGUCCACAUCCCCUUCCCAAACCCGUACCAGUACAUCUCCUCUGUGGACUACAACCCCCGAGACAACCAGCUAUACGUGUGGAACAACUACAACGUGCUGAGAUAUCCGCUGGAGUUCGGCCCACCAGAUCCCACCACAGGUUCGCUGGCCACCACUCAGUCGUCCAGCACCACUCCGGCUCGAUCGUUUUCCUCUAGCUCCAGCCCCUCCACCACUCGCCCGCUGCCCCCCACCUCUCACCCUAUUGGGGCGAUAAAUAAAGCCCCUGACCUGCGGCCCAUCACCGCCACGGUGCCGGUGACACGGCGGCCCCCGCGGCCCCCUCCGGGUCCUGAGGCCCUGCUGUGUGAGGCCAGGAUGGCCCGUGGUGUCCAGUGGCCCACCACACAGAGUGGAGAGACCGUGGACAGACCUUGCCCUAAAGGGUCACUCGGCAUCGCCUCUUUCCAGUGUUCGUCAUCUCCAGUGCAGUGGAACCCUCGUGGUCCUGACCUCAGUAACUGCACUUCUCCAUGGGUCAACCAGGUGGCCCAAAAGAUAAAAAGUGGGGAGAAUGCGGCGAACAUUGCCGGCGAGCUGGCGAACCACACACGGGGUCGUAUCCACGCCGGCGAUGUCAGCUCCUCUGUGCGUCUGAUCGAACAGCUGCUGGACAUUCUGGAUGCUCAGCUUCAAGCCCUGAGGCCUGGCAACAAAGAGUCCGCAGCCAGGAACUAUAAUAAGUUACAGAAGAGAGAGAGGACCUGCCGUGCAUACAUUCAGGCGGUGGUCCAGACGGUGGAUAAUCUGCUGCGUGUGGAGGCUUUGGAGUCAUGGCGGGACAUGAACAGCUCGGAGCAAGCUCACACUGCCACCAUGCUGCUGGACGUCAUGGAGAAAGGAGCCUUCCUGCUGGCAAACAACAUGUACGGCAGUCGCUUCAGUGACCACGGCAACAACAUCGAUUUGGAGGUGCAUAUCCUGAACACUGAGAUGGAUCUACAGGAUCUGUCUUUUCCUGAGAAUAAUCCAACUGACAGCAUCCAACUCUCAGCCUCCACAGUCAAACAGUACAGCCGCAAUGGUCAGGUAAAGGUGGUCUUUUUGCUUUAUAAGAAUCUGGGGUCUUUCCUGUCGACUGAAAAUGCCACUGUAAAGGUGGAGGUGGAGCCUGAGCUUGGUGGACGGAGUUUAGCUGUCAACUCGCAUGUCAUUGCGGCAUCAAUCAACAAAGAGUCCAGCCGAGUGUUUCUGACUGUACCUGUGGUCUUCACUUUGAGACACCUACAGCUGGAGAAUCACUUCAGCCCGAACUGUUCAUUCUGGAAUUAUUCGGAGCGUACGAUGACGGGGCAGUGGUCGUCUCAGGGCUGCAGGCUGCUGGCCACAAACAGCACACACACCACCUGCUCCUGCUCACACCUCACCAACUUUGCUGUGCUCAUGGUGCAGCACGAACCUAAUCAGAAUCCGGGUCAGAUGCACGAGUUGCUGCUGUUUGUAAUCACGUGGGUCGGUAUUGUAAUCUCUCUGGUUUGUUUGGCCAUCUGUAUCUCCACCUUCUGCUUCCUGAGAGGUCUCCAGACUGACCGUAACACCAUUCACAAAAACCUCUGCAUCAAUCUCUUCAUCGCCGAGCUCCUCUUCCUCAUCGGCAUCCACAAGACACAGUACCACAUCGCGUGCCCCAUCUUCGCCGGCCUGCUUCACUUCUUCUUCCUGGCAGCCUUCUCCUGGCUGUGUCUGGAGGGUGUUCAGUUGUAUCUGAUGCUGGUGGAGGUGUUCGAGAGCGAGUACUCCAGGAAGAAAUACUACUACCUGUGUGGCUACUGUUUCCCCGCGCUGGUGGUGGGCAUCUCAGCGGCCAUCGACUACCGCAGCUACGGGACCAAGAAAGCGUGCUGGCUGCGGGUGGAUAACUACUUCGUGUGGAGCUUCAUUGGCCCCGUGUCCUUCGUUAUCAUGCUGAACCUGGUGUUUUUGAUGGUCACCCUGCACAAGAUGGUCUGCAACUCCUCCGCCCUCAAACCCGACUCCAGCCGCCUGGACAACAUCAAGUCCUGGGCUCUGGGGGCCAUCACCCUGCUCUUACUCCUGGGCCUGACCUGGGCCUUUGGCCUUCUGUUUAUCAACGAGAAGACGGUCACUAUGGCCUACCUCUUCACCACCUUCAACGCCUUCCAGGGCAUGUUCAUCUUCAUUUUCCACUGCGCCCUGCAGAAAAAGGUCCAUAAGGAGUACAGUAAGUGUCUGCGUCACUCAUACUGCUGCGGCCGCUCCUCCAGCUCCAGCUCACACGGCUCUCUGAAAAACUCCGCCCUCCGAGCCAAUAACCGCUACUACACCAGCAGCCAAUCACGCCAUGCAGCUGCACACAGACAGAGCCGAAUCCGUCGCAUGUGGAAUGACACAGUGAGGAAACAGACUGAGUCCUCCUUCAUGGCAGGAGACAUCAACAGUACUCCCACACUCAACCGCGGCACCAUGGGUAAUCAUCUCCUGACUAACCCGGUUUUGCAGACUCGUACAGGCACCUCCCCCUACAACACUCUUCUGGCUGAAAGCUUCACACCACCCUCCCCUGGGGUCUUCAACUCCACUGGAACCUUCCGUGACCCAAAAAGCACCCUGUCUAGGAAUCGGGACCACGGAGGCAUGGAGACUCUUCCACUGAACGGAAACUUCAACAACAGCUACUCCCUGCGUAGUGGCCCAGGCGGUCCGAGCGGUCCUGGUGGUGGCAGCUGUGACUUUCUGGGGGGCGGAGACAGCCCCCCUCCUCUUCUGAACCCACGUGGGGCGGAGACCCUGGGUGGAAUCCGGCGCAACCUGUCGGACGCCGCCGCCUUGGAGAAGAUGAUCAUCUCAGAGUUGGUACACAACAACCUGAGAGGAGGUGGAGUAGGGGUCGGGGGCGGGGCUGGAGACAGAGCCUGUGGUAGCCUGGCCCGAGGACAUGGUCACACUCACACAGAAAGGGGCGUGGCCAAACUGGUCCCAGGUCAAGAGGAAGAGGAUGAAGACUUUCCGCAGCGGGACGGCCACGGUCAGAGGACACCGCAGGAUGUGGAGCUGCUGUACAAGGCACUGGAGGAGCCGCUGCUGCUUCAGCAGUGUCGCGCCCAGUCUGUGCUCUACCAGAGCGAUCCAGAGGAGAGCGAGAGCUACACAGCUGAAAGCCUGGGCCACAGUGGCCACAGCGGGCACAGUGGGCACAGAGGAGCCCCAGAAUCACCUGCCCGGGACUCGCUCUACACCAGCAUCACCAACCUGCGUGACUCACCACCUUACCCGGACAGCAGCCCUGAGCCGCUGGAGGUGGUUCCCCGUUCGGCGCAACCACCCCAGGAGCUCUACUACAGUUCGGGACGACCUGCCCUGGGCUCUCGCGGGGCACCCAUGCAAACCUUCUAUCAGCCAGCGGCCACCAGGAGGCCCAGUGGCGACGCCCACCCAGCCCCAGAGCCCCCGGCUAAUCACGGAGCAGAGGGAGACGGACAGAUGCAGCUGGUCACCAGCCUGUGACAGAUGGGAUGUUCCGGCAAGGGAAGAGGAAAGAUAGAAAAGGAGGAAGAAUGACUGAACGCAGCGAGGGCUCAUGCUGACGCUGAUGCUUUCCGUCCCCUUACCAACACCUCUCUCGCGAACCCUGCCUCCUGUCCAGUCGUUCGUUCUUUGUUUUUUUGUUGUAUACCUUUGGUUCUUUCAAAACAAGAGGUCAGGGAAGGUGUAAACAGAGACAUUACAGAGGUCGCAGGGUCUCCGUGACAGCAGGCCGCAGGCAGCUCAGCAACGGACCUACUUUCUCCCUCCUCCCUCGGUCGAUUCCCCUGCCAUCCAACUCUCCCUCAGCAACUGAGGAUAUUUUCAACCAUCCCCCCUUUGAAUUAAGUUUAUGAAACCUAUCUGUUUUUUUUCCCCCUUUCGAAUCCCUUCUCGUCUUCUUUCGUCUCCCUUUCUCUCACCCUCAUUAUUUGCUGAGAGCUGUUAUGCGAGGAGAAGAGGGGGUAUUGCCGUUCUGCUGCAGCACGAAAAGAAAGAACUCCGUCUGAAAGCUCUUCACUGUUGCCAAAAAUACGUUUUUUUUUUUUU